CUCUUGUUGCCUCACUACCGGUCCUCGCCCUCCAGCCGCGUGGGAAAGUCGCGUGUGGACCACGACCCCGCCUACCCGUCAGAACCAGUGAGAACGGAAGUGCGAGUCGGUUGGAGUUCCUAGUUCAGAGCGAGAGCCAAAGUGUUCAACUCCCCUGUUCGUCCCGACUGGCCGCGGGCAGAGACGGACCCUGAACGCCGGGACUCCUGAGCCUGCAGCUCGGGCGGGGUGUUAACUCGGGCCAAGUUCACUAUGCACCCCGCAUCUGACGUGUUGAGUCAAGAUGAACUGCGAAAAAAGCUUUACCAGACGUUUAAGGAUCGGGGUAUACUGGAUGCGCUCAAGACACAGCUCCGCAACCAGCUAAUUCACCAGUUGAUGCACCCUGUGUUGAGCGGAGAACUGCAGCCCCAGUCCAUUUCAGUGGAAGGGAGUUCCCUCGUAGUGGACGCUGCUAACUGUCUAGUGGCAGAUCACUUACAAAGAUGUGGCUACGAGUAUUCACGCUCUGUUUUCUUUCCAGAAAGUGGUUUGGCCAAAGAAAAGGUAUUUACUAUGGAAGAUCUGUUACAACUCAUUAAAAUCAACCCUGAAUCCAGUCUCUACAAAUCACUGAUUUCAGGAUUUGAUAAAGAAAACAAAGGUUUUCUCAUGCAAUUUUUAAGAGAAUUGGCAGAAUAUCAUCAGUCCAAAGCGAGCCGUGAUAUGGAAACGCAGACAAAUUCAACAUUUCCUAGCAAAGACUCUCUUGUGAAAAAGCUUCAGCUCAUUGAUGAUCAGUUUGCUGAUGCUUACCCUCGGUGUCCCAAGUUAGAAUCUUUAGAACUAAAGUUAAAUGCAUAUAAGAGAGAAAUAGAACAGCAGCUUCGGGAAGAAAUGUGUCAAAAGUUUAAGUAUUUUAAAGAUACGGAAAUAGCAAAAGUUAAAAUGGAAGAGAAAAGAAAGGCUGAGAGGGAAUUAGCUGAGUUCCGGAACGAACUGGAGCGAGCUUGUCAAGCAAAAUCUGAAGUCCUCAUUUCUCGGGAAAAGAUGGCCCUUGAGAGAAUUCAAAAGCACCAAGAGAUGGAAACCAGAGAAAUUUAUGCUCAGAGGCAGCUUCUACUAAAAGAUAUAGAUUUGCUAAGAGGCAGAGAAGCGGAGCUGAAGCAGCGAAUGGAAGCUUUUGAAUUGGCUCAGAGGCUGGAAGAGGAAAAAAAUAAAAGCAUAGCUGACGCACUUAGGAAGAAGGAGCUGGAUAUAAAGGGCAUUGAGGAGAGCUAUGACCAGAAGCUCAAGAAUGAACUUCUCAAGUAUCAACUUGAACUAAAGGAUGACUAUAUCACCAGAACUAACAGGCUGAUUGAAGAGGAAAGGAAGAAUAAAGAAAAAGCUAUACAUUUGCAAGAGGAGCUCACAGCUAUUAAUUCAAAAAAGGAAGAACUUAAUCAUUCAGUAAAUCGUGUCAAAGAGCUUGAGCUUGAGUUAGAGUCUGUCCGAGCCCUGUCUUCGGCAGUAACCAAGCAGAACCGUCUGCUGAAUGAAAAGGUGAAAGAGAUGAGUGACUACGCGCUCCUGAAAGAAGGGAAACUGGAGCUUCAGGCACAAAAUAAAUUACUUAAACAACAACUGGAAGAGACUAGAAGUGAAAACAUGCGUCUCCUGAACCGUAUAGCUCAGCCAUCUCCCGAGCUGCUGGUUUUUCAGAAAGAACUAAAGAAAGCAGAAGACGUUAUCGCAUUUGAGCAUAAGGAGUUCGAAAGCCACAAGCAGGCUUUGCAGAAACAGCUGCAGAGUGAAAUCGAACAUUCUGCACAGCUGAAGGCCCAGAUACUUGAUUAUGACGACUCCGUAAAGAGGUUAACUAUACAGGUUGCCGAUUUGAAAUUGCAACUGAAGCAAACCCAGACAGCGCUCGAGAACGAAGUGUACCGCAGGCCCACGCAGUCUCUGAUGGAGCCGUCCGUCAGCAGACUCCUGAGUGGCAAGACGGCCGUGCCUUGCGAUGCAGAUAUAGAUGGGGAUUUCUUAAAAAGUCCUCUCCACCAGGAAAGGCCCAUGGUGGUUAUACCAAGGAUCUUAAGUUAUCCAAAUGCAAGCGCAGAGAGCAGUUCCCGCGAUUCUGACCUUGAGUUUGUAGCCAAUACCAAGGCCAGGAUGAAAGAGCUAGAGCAAGAGACCGAACGUUUGGAGAAAGCUUUCCAAAAUUACCAUCGAAGAGUUAGUCAACUCCCUGCUAAAAGCCCUUUAGCAGCCAAGAGCCCACCACCCCUGCACUUGCUAGGAACACUCCAGAGCAUCGAUUCGAGUUCAUCCCAAAGACGCACUUGUGCCGAGGACAGAGUUGUCUCUGAGCAGCCUCCGGUGGGCAUCCCCGAAGAGGACAAGAGCAGCACCUCGGAGGCGUGGGCGGGCAGCAAGGCCUCGCGGCCACGCAGGGGCACCACCUCCAGACGCCUCUCCUCCACUCCCGUUCCCAAAGCAAAAAGGAGCCUCGAUGGUGAAAUGUAUCUGGAAGGUCUGGGCCGAUCCCAUACGGCUGACCCCAGUCCUUGUCCCGACAGAACGCCCCGGCCUUCAUCUGCUGAGUCCAGGCACAGCGCUGCCCUCCACCCGCGGCCCAGUCCUCCACAGCAGGCCAGUCUUUGUCAAAGACGAGUGGAGCUUCAGGACAAAAGUGAAUUUUCAAAUCCGGCCAACCUACCUCUGAAGGACAAUGAGGAAUUUGAAUCAUCUUUCGAAUAUGCAGGGAGCGCGGCGAGGCAGUUUGAAGCGGAUGGUCUCCAUCCCGCCGGCGACAUGCCUCAUGUGGAUGCCGCCGCGGCUGCCGGACCUGUGUCCUGUCACUACCCGAGUGUGGAUCAAAAACAAAUGGGAGAACAGAAGGAAGAAGAAAAAAUGUGGGAAGAGCACAUGAGAGAACGCAGGCAGAGAGAAGAGAGAAGGCAGAGUGAGCGGCAAGAAGCUUUAGAAAGGGAACGAAGAGAACUAGAAAAACUGGAUCAAGAGCGGAGGAUGAUUGAAGAGUCCUUGAAGAUUGAAAUGGAAAAAGAAAUCAGUGUUGAGGAAAUGAAAGGCCAGUCCGUUUGUGGUGAAAAUCCUUUGGAGAAAUACAUGAAAAUUAUUCAGCAGGAUCAGGACCAGGAGACAGCAGACAAGAGUUCAAAGAAAGUUGGCAGAGAAGCCUCAGAAGUGGACACGCUGCCUUCUAGCGACAAAGACGAAAGUUUCACGGGCUUUUCUCACGAAGAAACAGAUGACUUUUGGUAACCAUGUUUGCUGUCCAGCAUCUUACCCAUAUAACUAAAUGCCUAUGAAUUCUUUGUAACAAGACAAAAUUCUCAAUAAAAAUUUUAUGUGUCAUCCUA